CCCCCCCUGUGCUUCUCAGCCUUGGCAAACUGUGAAAUGAGUUUAGGAUAUCGGGAGUUGAGAGGCGCUGAGAUUCAAGGAGAGGAUGGGAACCACUGAGUGCAACUUUAUCUACUGUUCCAACCCGCGGUGUUCGGAGGGCGUUGAGGUGAUGCAGGUCCCCCGUUCAUCCCAGUGGAGGAGCCAGCUAACAGCGAGAGGCUUUGGCUGCUGAACACCUCCCUCCUCCCACCAUCACCCCCCUCAUCCUUUCCUCGCUCCCUCCAUCUCUGAUGGCUCUAUGGGGCGUCGUCAGCCUCAGCCUUCACUGCUGGGUGUGUUUACAUUCUGCGGUAACGGCAGCAGCGGUAGCCACUGCCAGCCUCCCCAAUGACAAGCCCGGGGGCCCGCUGGACUGGCUCCUGUCUGAUAAAGGGCCUUUCCACCACUCCCCAGAGUACAUCGACUUCCUGGAAAAAAACCGACAAGGCUUCUCCACCAGAUACAAGAUAUACCGGGAGUUUGGGAGAUGGAAGGUGAACAACUUGGCAGUGGAGAGGAGAGAUUUCUUAGAGUCUUCGUUACCUCUGACCCCGGAGUUCAUCAGGAACAUCCGAAUGUUGGGCCGCAGGCCCACCACCCAGAUGAUAACUGACAAUCUGAUCAGGAAGUAUGGGACUCACUUUCUGUUGUCAGCUACACUAGGAGGAGAAGAGGCCUUAACCAUAUUCGUUGACAAGAGGAAACUGAGUAAGAAGGCAGAGGCGAGCGAUUACGCGAGUAACUCCUCCACUGUGACUCUGGAAGCUCUGCACCAGCUGGCUGCCUCCUACUUCAUCGACAGGGAGAGCACUUUGCGCAAGCUGCACCACAUCCAGAUCGCUUCAUCUGCCAUUAAGGUGACAGAGACUCGCACAGGUCCUCUUGGAUGCAGUAACUAUGACAACCUUGACUCCGUAAGCUCUGUGCUGGUACAGAGCCCUGAAAAUAAAGUCCAGCUGCAAGGCUUGCAGGUGAUCCUCCCAGACUACUUGAAAGAAAGCUUUGUGCAGGCUGCUCUGAGCUACAUUGCCUGUAAUGGAGAGGGUGAAUUUUUCUGCAAGGACAACGACUGCUGGUGCCAUUGUGACCCCAAGUUCCCGGAGUGCAACUGCCCCUAUAUGGACAUCCAAGCCAUGGAGGAGAGCCUGGAACGGAUCACAGAGACGUGGGGAACGCUAUAUCAAGAGUUUGAGGAAUCCGACGAAUUCAAGGCGUUCUACGCCAGGCUCCCCCAGAACUAUUUUCUGAACGUGUCUGGCAUCCAACACUUAUGGUCGAUGGACAACUUGUUCCAGUGGCGAUAUGAGCAGUUGGAGAACAGCAUGCGGCUCCUUGCCAGCCGAGCCCACAGAGUCAUCUUCAAGCUCUUCAGUCUCAGCAAAAGAUGUCAUCGCCAGCCCCAAGUGCACCUGCCGGGAAAACGGCCUCAGUCUUACUGGCUGAGUCACCUGCAGUCUCUCCUGUAUUGCUCAGAGAACAACCAACUCGGGGCUUUCUCCGAGGAGCUGCGGGGGUGCAGCUGCCGAUACGACCACAGCCCCUGUCAGCUGCCGCCGCCGUGCUCUGUCGGGGAGGGCUCGGCGUGCGCGGCCUGCGCGGCCGACAACCACACCCGCUGUGGCAGCUGCAACCCGGGCUUCUCUCUGACGCAGGGGGCCUGCAGGUCCAUGGUGGCGGAUUCCACGGAGAACUACCUGGGCUUCGAGAUGGACCUCCAGGAUUUAGAGCUGGGCUACCUACUGCAGAGAAGUGACCGCAGGCUAGAGGUCCACGCAAUCUUCAUCAGCAAUGACAUGCGACUCAACAGCUGGUUUGACCCUUCGUGGAGAAAAAGGAUGCUGCUGACGCUGAAGAGCAACAAGUACAAGUCCAACAUGGUCCACAUGCUGCUUGGAGUAUCCCUUCAGAUCUGCCUUACCAAAAACAGCACCCUGGAGCCUGUCCUUACACUCUACAUCAACCCAUUUGGGGGGAGCCACUCGGAGAGCUGGUUCAUCCCUGUGAAUGAGAACAAUUUUCCAGAUUGGCAGGCCACCAAGCUGGACCUACCCUUCGAGUGCUACAACUGGACUCUGACGCUGGGCAACAAGUGGAAAACCUUCUUUGAAACCAUCCACAUCUACCUUCGGAGCAGGAUAAAGACUCAAGACGGAGCGAACGACAGCAUAUAUUACGAGCCUUCGGAGGUGACGGAUCCUGCUCGGAACCUGGGCUACAUGAAGAUCAACAGCAUCCAGGUCUUUGGCUACAGCAUGCACUUUGACCCGGAGGCAAUCCGCGACUUGAUUCUGCAGCUGGACUACCCGUACACCCAAGGGUCGCAGGACACUGCCAUGCUGCAGCUCUUGGAAAUACGAGACCGGGUGAACCGGCUGUCCCCUACGGGACAACAGAGGUUGGAUCUGUUCGCCUGUCUCCUACGACACCGUCUCAAACUCACUGCCAGCGACGUCGUCCGCAUUCACGCCUCCUUGCAGGCGUUCAGCUCACGUCUGCCCAAUUCGAUGGAUUACGAGACCACCAAGUUGUGCAGUUAACAGCUGCUCUGAAGGGAGAUUUUGGAUGUCGUCAACUCCUGGACAUCAGAAUGGGGCCCGUUGUGGUGCAGAUGACACUUGCACUCUGUCUCUUGUGGAUUACCAAACUGUAUGGUAAAACGGGGGAGAGAACCCGCCGUGGACAGCUGAAGAAUGUACUCCUCUAGCUGUUUUUGCUUCUGUUUCGUGGCAACUACCUUCAGUGCUAAAUGAUAAAGGAUGCACCAGCGGUAAAAUGCACAACUGUUUGACAAAAAAGUGAAUAUUUGACAAAGAAUCCCAACGAUAAAAUACAUUAAAGUUGAACCAUGCUGUUUCAAUAUGACCCUGCCCAUUUAUACUGUAAGUACCAACACCAAAAUAAUUGACAUUUUAUGGUAAAAAUGGUUAAGUCUGUUCGUUUGUAACUUUUAUAUGUUUCUUUGCUUCAGUGACUGUGUACUUUCCAUGAAGACCAGAAUACAGUGGUGUCAGUCCAGAUUUUGUAGAUACAUUGAUAUUAAAUGAUGAUGUUAUAACAGA